AAAAAAAAAAAAAGCAAUUAGUGAUAUGUGUAUACAAUAAUUCGGGUAGAGUUUGACCCGAAAUGGUUACAACGGUUUGGCAUAAGAAACAAAUAAAAAUUCGGCAUCCCAAGGAAUGCAACGUUUCCUUGAGACUUUCUCUAAAAGAUAGUACUAAAAUAUAAAAGAAGCGUCUUUUCCAAGCAAUCUUAAACUUAACCUUUGUUUCUCUUCUCUCCCAUUUCCUUUAAUCAUUUCACCCAUUUAACGAUCUCUCUUUCUCUCAUUUGCAGCUUUCCUGAAACUUUUCAGAAACCUAAUUCUUCUUAUUGUCUUAUGCUCUGAAGAAACCGGUUUAUCCGGGUUUUGGAUUUGAUUCAAAACUCCAACCCUAAAGUCUGUUAGUUGAAUCGAAGAUGCUCGGAAAUUUCAUUACAAGAAUCAUAAUAUUGCUUGUGGGUUACGCGUACCCAGCAUAUGGAUGCUACAAAAGCGUGGAAAAGAAAAAGCCUGAGAUUCAUGAACUUAGAUACUGGUGCAAAUAUUGGAUCUUGGUGGCUCUUCUUACUGUUUUCGAAAGGAUAGGAGACAUCAUUGUAUCAUGGUUACCACUCUACGGUGAGAUCAAAAUCGCUCUUCUCGUCUACUUAUGGUACCCGAAAUCACAGGGACUUAGCUAUGUCUAUGAGAAGCUACUAUGUCCAUACAUGUCAAAGCAUGAAUCGGACAUCGAUCAAGGAAUCUCCGUCUUAAAGAUAAGAGGACAUUUAGUAAUUGCUCAACUACUGCAAUGUGGCUUCCACUGGAGCCUCCAAAUCUUCAAGCAAUUGCAACAACAAUUCACCAUCGAUAAGAAUAAUAACCCAUCAAAGUCAAAAGAUCAACCACAAACAAGAACUUCGUUUAUGUUUCUCCGUUAGAAGAUACUGCUCUACUCUAAGCCACAAUCUCAAUAACCGGGUUUUUAUCCGCCGGUUCACCGGAAUUGGCAGCCAAACCGGAGUUUCUACAUGAUUCAGAGUUCAGAUUGACCUGACCACUACUAAUAAUUGACGAACGAAAGAAAAAGAUUUUGAAGAAUUCAGAAAUCGAAUUUUUUUCAUUUUACAUAUUUUGAAUUUUAUUGUAUACAAACAGAUUUUUGUUCAAUUCAUGAAAUCCAAUUAUUAUCCAA